AUGUCAUCUUAUUCGACAUUUUUCAUGGUUCAUGUUGGUACUUUAGUAACUACAAUGGAAAAUGAAGUGCAUACUAUAGCUCAUGAAAACGAGAUACGAGUAAAGUGCUUGGCUACAAAACCAGUAUUUGCUCCUGAAGAUCAGAUUGGAUGUGCAAUUCAAGAUCAGUAUCAAACGGUGGAUAUCGUCGGGCUUGUAGACGGGUUGGGCGAAGAACAGGAAGUACAGAAGACCGGAAGGCUGGAUCACCUCCGUGGAAUGUCUUCAGGCGCCAAGCGGCUGGUGCAGUCGCUUCGGGGCCGUAGCGGGGGCGGCAGGGGCAGCGGCGGUGGUCGCGGUGAUGGCGGCGGCGGGGAAGGCAGUGGCGGCGGUGGCGGUGGAGCGAGCACCAGCGCGACCAGAUUAUUCCAUUACGAUAGCGGUCACGAGCUCGACGAGAUCUCGGUGAUUGGCGCCGCUAUCAGGGGUAGCGAGGGCCUUCCCACCCCCACGACGCCCUGUCAUUGCGGCGGCCUCAAGUAUGGCAGUGGGCAAACGCUCUACAGCCUCGCCGGCCUGGUGCCCCCUGCGCCCGCUGCACCUGCGCAUGGAGUCCAGUCAGGCGUCAUCAUAGGUGGUGGCGGUGGCGGGAGAGAACGGUACAGCGGUGGUUCCGCUUCCGCUCUGAGCUGCGGUGGCGAGAAGCUCCGCGAGGACAAGCAGGGGAGGAUGCUGGAUGGGAAGACUGGGAUCAGAAGGGAGAGAGAAGAGGACACGAAGAGCGCGGAUAACGUUUCCCGGGGCGCUUUGCCGUCCAGGCAGAGUCUCUUGGAACUGGUCAGCAGCAAAUGCAUGAGCCGCCACACGCCCACUCAUCAUUACUAUCAUCAGCAGCAGCAGGUGUACUCCGUUCCGCAGCGAUACUUCAGUUCGUCCCGCGACUCGCUUCAAGGAGCUUACGUGAACCGUGGCGCUAGUGAGUUCGACCUAACCCGCAAGCCGAAGAGGAAGGACCAGCUCAGGGGUAGAUUCAAGCUGCCAUACACGGUCGCGCUCACGCCCUCGCGAGACCAAUCGCAUCUGCACACACCGGCAUCCAUCAAUCAUCUCAGCAAUAGCAGCUGUAACGGCACUGAGACGAGAUACACGGUGCAACAGCAACAGCAGCAACGUGGUAGCAGAGGCUACUCUGGGCAACCAGGAACAAAGGGAACAAAGGGCGCCCCUAAUUGGUCCUUCAUCUUCGAUCCCGCGGGACGUCUGUGUUACUAUUGGUCGAUGGUGGUCUCGCUCGCCUUUCUCUACAACUUCUGGGUCAUCAUCUACAGGUUCGCCUUCCAAGAGAUAAACGGCGAAACACGCUGGGUAUGGUUCUGCUUGGACUACUUCUCCGAUUUUUUAUACGUACUGGACAUAGUAUUUCACAUUCGAACCGGAUACUUAGAGGACGGUGUCUUGCAAACCGACGCGACGAAGCUGCGAAAUCAUUACACGAACAGCACUACGUUUUACAUGGACAUCCUGUGCCUGCUGCCCCUCGACUUUUUAUACUUAUCUAUAGGAUUCAACAGUAUACUUCGAAGUUUUAGGCUCGUAAAAAUAUAUCGGUUCUGGGCGUUCAUGGACAGGACCGAGCGACACACCAACUAUCCGAAUUUAUUCCGCUCCACCUCCUUGAUACAUUAUUUACUGGUGAUCUUUCACUGGAACGGGUGCCUCUAUCACAUUAUUUAUAAGAACAACGGCUUCGGUAGUAAGAACUGGGUGUUCAGCGACUCGGAGACUGCGGACGUUGUGAAACAAUAUUUGCAGAGCUACUACUGGUGCACGCUGGCCCUUACCACCAUCGGUGAUCUCCCCAGACCGAGAAGCAAGGGCGAAUAUUUGUUUGUGAUAGCUCAGCUGCUGUUUGGUCUGCUGCUGUUCGCUACGGUGCUCGGACACGUGGCCAAUAUCGUAACUUCUGUCAGCGCGGCCAGGAAGGAGUUCCAGG